UUGUUUGAUUUAGCAUGAGAGAUAGAACACUACAUGGGUGUAUUUGAAUAUAGAAUUAUUAAACUGAAGUUUCGAUGCUUGUCCGUAGGCUUAUGUGGAAGCGUAAGGAAUCAAGGAUAUGGGUUCGCCCAUCAGAUGUUCGAUACACCCAGGAUUCCAUUCUUCCAUAUUUCCAAGACGGAGAUACAAUAAUGGAUGUUGCCAGAAAAAUUGCACAGAAGAAAUUGAACGUUGAUGAUAUACCACUUAUAAAAAUCGUUAAAAAGGAGGAUAAAUUUUGGUCACUGGAUAACAGAAGAUUAUAUUUGUUCAAAUUACUUCAAACGAAUAAUUUAUUGGAUUUAGUCGAAGCUCGUCAUGUGGAUAUAUCUCGAUUGACCGAAGAAAAGUUUACAACAGAGAAUAAUGGGAAAAGCGCUAGACUUCGUAGCGGAAUAGGUAACUCGAUGGCCAAACAUGCUGCUCCUCAAGUUACACCAGAAUCCAUUGUAUACAAAGAAAGCUCCCCUGCUCCAUCUCGCGGAUCGUAUUGGUUGUAUUAUUGUUUCAUGCUAUUGAUAGCAUUUGUUUGUUUAUGCCUAAUUAUGUUCAUAUUACGUUCAGUUGAAAAUGCAAGAAGGAAAUAAAAUUUUUGUAAAUAAAUACGAUUAACUGUGACUAAAUGCAAUUAACUUAUUGAUAUAAGUAUUUUUCUUUGUUUUUUUUGUUCUACACUCCGCUGGGCGCUGGUUAUAAUGGCAAGUUUGUUAGGCAUGUAGGGUUAGUGGAUGUUGUUUCUUAUGACUCCACGAGUGUCGAGACUGGGCUUCCUCUCAACUAUCAGCUUUUUUAAUAAUAACGAGAUUGUUUGAUUGUGUAAUAUACUCUUUAGUUAAUAGAUGCAAUGAUAAAAAAAACAUAAAAUAUAAAACUAUAGAGAGAGUACAUAAGGAUAGUUACGGUGUAUUUAAUAUUUUUCACCUCGUAUUGUUCAUAGUGCAUGUUAUCAGGCUGAAACAAGGUCGUUGUCUUUCAUGAUAUAUUUCCCUCGCUCAGUAUUGCUAGUCUUUAUCGUUUUUUGUUAGUUAGAAAUUUGGUUUCAUCACGUAUACUUGUGUUAAGGUUUAAGUGUAUCUUUACAAUAUACAAACAUUUGACAUUCAAUAUACUGUGUUCAGAUCGGAGUUACACUCUAUUAAACGUGUGUCAUCCCAUUAAAAUGUGAGUGAACGUGCACAUAGGAUCGUCUUUCCUAUAAAACACUCAACUCCAAAUAUCAUUGAGGCAGGUUCGUGCGGUUGAGCUGUGUGCUGUCAGAGACGCUCAAGU